AAAUAUAUGUUGUGAUAUUUUAUUUAAAUAUUUAUUUGUUAAAAAGAUUGCGAAAUUGCAAGAUAAUGUGAUUGUGAAUUAGAAUCCAAAAUGGAGAAUAAAAAUCAGAUGAACACAAAGUUGAUCAAAAUUUUUAAUUUACUAACAGAUAAACAUUCUAGAUAUCUAGUUGAUCGUCAUACAUAUUUAGUUAACAAGUUUGUCAUCAACUCAAAGGGAAUUCAUUUAGUAGAUUUUCAGCUAUUCACUGAUAUUUUCUGGAAAUGUCAGGAAUUAAUAGAAGUUAAUAAUUACUACGAAGUUAUUGUUUGCAUGUUAUGUGAUGUUUUAAAAAAGCCUUUGCUAAAGCAGAAAGUGUCAGAUGAAGAAAAAUUUGCAAAAGAAACAGCUGAGUGUUUAAACACUUUAGGAGAAAUAGCAGAGCUCUCUUCUGACCUAAUAAAAUCUUCCAUUUCAAAGGCGAUUGCUUAUAUGUAUGUAGCAUCAUCUGAAUUUGAUACAUCAGGAGAUCUUGAUGUUGUUUCUUCAAAUUUUGUCAAAUCAGCAAUUUCUUUGAGCACUGUUUGUACAUCUAUAGUUAAGUGUUUAGGAAAAGUUUCACAUAUUGAAACAAGUUAUGACAUCAUUUUAUCUCUUUUCAAACUUUCUGAUUCAUCUCAAAACUGUGAUGGUAUGAUAAAAGCUGAUAUGGGAAAUCUACUUUGCAAAAUUUUGUUUGAUAUGAAUUUAAACAACAGAUCUGCAUUUGUUGAGAUUGGAUUUCUCUGGAAUCUCUUUGAAAAUGGAAAUCAAGAAGAAGUAACCAAACAAGUUUGCACUGACUUUGGUCUAAGUGUAAUCCACCAAGUUUUUACUUAUCAAGUUUCCCAUUGCAUCAGUAAUUCAGAUAAACAAUUGCGAAAUGAUAUUCUUAUUGUUAUUUUAUACGCUGCUUCUGCUUCGUCUGCUUCUCAAAUUUUAAAUUCUCAACUACUGAAAACAAUUUCUAUUUUGGUUUCUUAUCCUGAAAUUGAAAGUCGCUUAGAUCUUGUACAAAACAUUAAAAUUGUUUCAUCCCAAGAAGAUUUUGAGUUCAAAAAGCAACUAAUAAUAUCACUUGUCUUGUUCUGCAAAGAUAAAGCAUGUGCCAAAAUCUUAUCUGAUUAUCAUGUGAUGGCUGCACUUUUUACAUAUGCAAAACCAAUUAUCUUACCACUUGAUAGCAUUUGGUCAAUUACUGAGUUCGAAGAAAUACAAUUGCAAGCAAUGGCAGUACUUGCUUCACUUGUUCCUUAUUCUAUAGAAGAAUACAUAAGUUUGCAAGGAAAUACAAGGCUUUUAUUGUUUCUUGAAUGGUGUGUCAGUUCAGCUGAGUAUAAUAGUCACGGAAACUGUUUUUAUGGAAAGGGAGGACGAGGGGGAAAGAAAGCUCAGAUGAGGUUUUGCAUAAGACUGUUAAGAAGUGUGUGUUCAACUGAAAACAAGAUUGUAUUACAAGAUUUAUUUGACCAAGGUGCUAUCAUCCAAAUUUCUGAAAUUCUACAACGCUGCUGUGCAGGUCAAAAAGAUGAGCUUGAUGUUGAAAUGGAAAGUGACAUGUUGUUUAUUCUUUCUAUCUUGACUCAAGAUGACAACCAUAAAAAAGAACUUUUUGGUGUAUCCGGAGUGAAGACAUUGCUAAUGUAUUUGAAAUGUUAUUUGAAUAACUCAAACAAUGUUUUAAAUUUUAGUAAACUUGCAUUGACAACUUUAGACUGCAUUCGAACAUGUGUAAUUGGUUGCGGAAUAAAUGAAAUUGCCUUCUUAGAAAAUGAAGGUGCUUUUGUGUUGUUAGAUAUUUUACAGAAGUGUUCUUUUCUUAUAAAGACUGCUGCUCUUGGAAUUCUUUUGGAUUUGAGUGAAAAUAGAAGGACUUUAGAUCAUUUAAAGUUGUGGCGAGGAAAGAAAGAGAGCACAAUGGGAAAUCUCCUUCUUCAUUUUUGGAUAGCUGAAGAGCAGAGGUUGGGUGUUCUGAGAAGUAAGCAUGGACUUAUUGAUGAUUUAAAAAAGCCAAUAAUGACAAAACUUCAACGUGUUGCUUCACUUGUCAACAUACCUCAAGUCAGCUCUUCAAUAUUUGAUGUUACUGACAACAUACGAGCUAAAAUAUACAGUUUAUUUACUAGAAUUGAUUUUAAAGUUAGUAACUUAAACACACAAGAAGCAAUUGCUCUGUCAAUUAUAAAAAGAUAUUUGGAUUUUAAGGCAUUAGAGAUAUGGCAAGAAAUUCAAACUGAAUUAGAGGUGGAAAAUGUCAAACUUGUGGAAUCAGAUAAAAAAUGUCUUGAUAUCAUUAUUGCAAAACUGGAAAACAAAGUACAACUAGUUGCAAAUAAUCAGAAGAAGAUUUUACAAAAGUGUUUGGAAGAGGAAAUAAACGAGGAAUGUGACUAUUUUCAAAAGUUUAAAGACAGUCAAAAGCAAAAAGAGAAAUCCUGUAUUGAUUUUAUCAGCUUUGUUGAAAGAACAUCUGAUUACAAUUGUCUUCAGAGAGCCCGGAUGAAGCAAUUGGAUUUAAUAGAAAAAUCAAGACUUAAAUCUAGACACUCUCUUCAACAAAGUGGUAUAAAAGACUGUUAUUUAGAGUAUGUGACCAAGCACACUACUGUAGAUAAAAAGUUGACGACCACGACCUUUAGCGGACGUCACGUGAUUGUCCAUAGUACAAAUUUGGACCCAAGUCUUAAACCGAGUUUGGAUAUGAAGCAUCAACCAAUCAAACUUCCUGAACUCAUGAAUUAAUGUGAAACCUAUCAAUAAAAGUCAAUAGAUAUCAUUAUAUGUCAAUAUCAUCAAGUUUUUAUAUUACUGUAAAUAAAAUUGAAACUGCGAUAUAUUUUUUUAUUGCUAAUUUAUUUUUAAAUUGUUAGAAGACCAUUUGUAUUAAAAAAAACAAU